AAGAUGCAGUCCAUGAUGGACCUACUCAUCUAUAAAGAGAUAGAACAUUAAAUACUCUUAUUCUAUUCUUAAUCACCUUCAUUUACGGAUCUUGAAUCUUCACAUUUCCAAACCCAAGAACCCUCACUCUCAAGCAAACUCAUAAUUCAAGAAUCAAGAUGCUAAGUUGUUAUAAUGAAGAAGAACAAGAACUGAAAAAUCAAGAAAUGAAAAAUCAAGAAACCCUAGAAACCCUAGAAAUCAAGAAAGAUGAGAAGUUUUUUACAAGAAUCAUGUCUAAAGAAACUUCAAUGGCGAAUUCUUCAUGUAGAGUCUAUUAUGGAGGUUCUUCUGGUUCGAUUCCAUUUACUUGGGAAUCAAGACCAGGUACUCCUAAACAUUCAUUUUCUCAUCAUGGUUCUAAUAUUCCGCCAUUAACUCCACCUCCUUCUUAUUACUCAAACUCAAAAUCAAGAUCCAUCAACAAAGAACAUCAUAAACCUAAUCUUUUUUACACUAUUUUGCCUAAACUUAUUCUAGCUAAGAAUAAAUCUUGUCAUGUAUCACAUUCAUCUUCAAUGUCUUCUUCUUCUACUACUACUACGACGAGGACAACCUCGUCAUCGUCUUGGUCAUCGUUCCGUUCAUCUCCGGCCACUGUUUUGAGCAAGAACUCGAAACUGAGUAAAAAUAAUUAUCCGUGUUUUGUUUGUUCGAGAUCGGCUAUGAUUCAUUGCGGAGUUGAUGAUGAUAUUGAUGAGUGUGAGCAUGGUUCAAGAUUAGGUUAUGGAGAUAAGAAUAAAGAUUUGAAUGGUUGCUAUAUAAUGAAGAAUAUGAAGAAUGUGUUGUUGUUCAUUUUAGGGCAUGGAAAUGGAUCAAGCAAAGCAAAUUUUUAAGGUGCUUUCUUAAUUAUUGAUAGAAGGGACAAGAAUGGAGCAUCAAGAUUUGGAGGGAAGAUAGCUAGGAAGUAGAGAAAGGCAUUGAUGAGAGAUAUAGAGCGACACUAAUAUUCUAUGUGCUCCCAUUAAUAUGUUUGCUUUGCCUUUA